AUGCAUGUGAUGCGUUCACUUGGUAAUAAACUAGCUAAUUCAAUUUGGGAAGCGAAUAUUAGACAACGACAGAAACCAUUACCAAAUGCAUCAUUAUCCGAACGAGAACGAUGGAUUCGUGAUAAAUAUGAACAAAAAUUAUUUUUAGCAUCUUUACCGUUAUCUAAUCCAUCGUCUUCACUCUCUCGUCAAUUGAUUGAUGCUAUUAAUAGAACAGAUUUAUUUAUAAUUAUUUUAAUAUUAGCUCAUCAUCCAAAAUUAGAUGAUUUAAUUUUUGAUAAACGUUCAUCAACAUUACCACCACUACAUCUAGCAGCCACUAAUGGAAAUGUAACCAUUUUACAAUUACUACUUUGGUAUGGAGCAGAUCCAUUUUUAGCUGAUAGUUCUGGUCGUACUCCUCUUCAAUGUGCUUAUGCGUCAAAUAAUAUUGAAUGUGCAAAUGUUUUACAACAACUGACGAAUAAUAACAGUAGUACUAGUAAUAAUAUGAACAGCAAUAAUAAUAAUAAUAAUUCAUUUUUAUCGGAUCAAACAGCUAUUUCUCCCCAUCAUACUAAUACUCUUCCUAGACGAACUGUUCAACAACAGCAAUCUCCUCAUUGUGGAGGACAAUCAUCAUCGACAGUUGUUGGUCCACCGUACGAUAAAUUACCAUCAACUGUCAUCUAA